AUGAAUUCUUUGAGUAGAGUAUUUUUGGGUAGAUCCUUUAGGCAAUCCUUCCACGAAUCUCCUAUUAACCCCUUUGCUAAUCAACAAUGGGUUUCAACGCCCUUUCUGAAACGCAAUAUGCCCAGUGAAUCUCCCCUAGCAGCUAAACAUGAGAGCAAAGGGGCUAUAACAAUACUAAAUACCCCAAAAGGUAAUUGGCAUAUAAUAGACCUAAAGGGUAAAACUGUAGGAGGGGCAGCAGCUCAUAUAGCAAAAUUGCUACAGGGGAAACACAAUCCCACAUUCACACCGAACGAAGUCUGCGGGGAUAAUGUAAUAGCGGUCAAUGCAGUGCAUUUGACAAUGAACGGGCAUUCAUGGGAUACAAAGGUUUAUAAGUUUCACCGCAAGGCGGAUUCUAGGGGCCCGAAGAUUGUCACGGCUAAAACAGUCAUGGCAAACAAUCCGGCAAUGAUUCUAAACUUGGCAGUAAAACGAAUGCUACCACCAUCCCGACUUAGGAACAUUUGGUACAGAAAGUUAUAUGUUUACGGUGGAGCAAUACAUCCUCAUUGGGAUAUACCUCAAGUUAUAGUUCCUGUCAAAGAAAAGAAAUCAAACCCAGAUAAAAUAGGACAAUCAUACACUCUGUAUCCAGUUCAACACUCCGAUACAACAUUACUGAUAGAAUAA